AUGGUCAGUAACUAUAUAAGGAAAACGGACAAAGCGUCCUAUUCUAGGGAGAAGCUACAAGCAGCAGUAAGAGCUGUAAAAAAUGGGGAGCUGAGUGGUUACAAGGCCUCUCAGGAGUACAAGAUUCCGAGAAUGACCAUAAUGGACCACGUUAACAAUAAGAGGACCAAAUCAAAUUCACUAGGAAGAAACACAGCAUUACCAUUACAAGUAGAAAAGGAAUUAGCUCUCGGUCUUCACCUGACGGAAAAGCAUGGCUUUGGAUUGACAAAAACAGAAAUGCUGGAAAUGGUGGCCGAUUUUGUGAUAAAGAACAUCAAAGGAUCUUUUGGCAUACCUGUCCAAUUAUUUUUUUAA